GCACAAGGCGGAGGCGGGGUAGGGCAGUUGAGCCACUGAGUGGGCGUACAGCCACAACGGCGACAUGAGCGCGGGGGUGGCGGCGGCCGGGCAGAGGCCCCCCAGUUCGGGGAUUCUGGGCUCCCGGGUCGCGUCGCUCCUGCGCCCGCGCCCGCCCUCCAUCCUCCACCCCGGACAGCCCGCCGCGCAGGUUGGGCUCAGCGAGGCGCAGAAGCGGGUGCUGGACCUGGAGAAGAGCCUGCAGUUCUUGCAGCAGCAGCACUCAGAGACACUGGUCAAGCUCCACGAGGAGAUCGAGCACCUCAAGCGGGAGAACAAGGAUCUCCAUUAUAAGCUAAUAAUGAAUCAGAAGCCAAAGAAAGCCAACUCUCAAGGAAGGGCCAGGCCCCAACUGAGCUCCUCCAAGAAGCAAGACCCGAAAGCUAACGUUCCCCAGAAGAUGGACUUGGAUGAGGAGACCCCGUUUGCUGCCCUGUUUCACAACAGCAAGCUGGACAAAGCCCCAGGGGUGCAGGAGCAGGCCAAUGCCUAUUCCAGAGAUGAAGACGUGGAGACCCCCAGUUCAGCAGCCACCUGGGUGGCAGGCAGCCAGCACAAGGGCAAGCAGCCCCCUGCCACGAACCUGCCCCUGCACCUGCGCAAGCCCGCCACACUUCAGCAGUGUGAGGUGGUCAUCCGCCAGCUAUGGAAUGCCAACUUCCUGCAGGCCCAAGAGUUGCAGCACCUCAAGGCCCUCCUGGAAAGGAACCAGAGGCCCAAGACUGCAUCUGAGGAGGCUGGACCCAGCUCUCCCAAGGACCAGAAGGCCCUUCACCAGGGAGCCAUGCAGCUCCCCAAGGUUCCUGCCAAGGGCAUCCCCAAGAAAUGCCUAAUUCUGAGCCCUAUGCCGGUGGCACAGCACUCCAUCCUGCCUGCGCUGAAGCAGACCCUGAAGAGUAACUUUGCUGAGCGGCAGAAAAGGCUGCAGGUGGUGCAGAGCCGGCGGCUGCACCGCUCUGUGCUCUGAAGUGGACGGCACGCAUCUGCGUCUGGGAGGUGGGUCGCGGCCAGGCCAAUGACCUACAGCUGGGGAUGCUAAGCCUCUCUAGAUAGCACUUCAAAAGAAUUUGGGCCAAGCGAAAUUCCAGAUAAGCAAAACUCAUGGCAGAUUCUCAGAACUGAGAAACUUUAUAUUCUUGCUCAGUAUUUUGCUAUUCUGCAUUUACACAAAAACAUGUUAUUAAAUAAGUAUUACCCUACCUGCUGAAGACUGGAAAUAAAGCUCGUUUAUUCACU